UCAUUCCUUCCUGGAUUGACUUGGGCAUUGGACAAGCUGAGUUAGUGCAGGUUGCAGGGGUGGCAUGAGGAGGAGGCACAUAAGUUGACCGAAAUGAUAAUUCUGACAAGGCUCGUCAAGAAUUGAAAACGAGAACAGAAGAAGGCAGAACUGAAGGAAGACACCUGGCAGCCGAGGAAUUGUCACUGACAAAACUAAUCAGUCCAGUCAUAAACAAAUGCCCCUCCCCCGACCAGUGAAGGUGAAUCAUUUCUAUCAAGCACUUUUACCCCAAGUGAGCCCCAAACCCUUGUUGGUCAGGCAUAGUUAAAUGCUGCUUCCCCUACAUACUUGCAAAUGGCUUGCUGUCUGAAAGACGAGCUCCUGUGUUCAAUCUGCCUGAGUAUCUACCAAGACCCCGUCAGUUUCGGCUGCGAGCACUACUUCUGUCGCAAGUGCAUCACGGAGCACUGGAGCAGGCAGGAGCAUCACGUCGCCAGAGAUUGCCCCGAGUGCCGGAGGACCUUCGCCGACCCGCUGCUCUCCCCGAGCCUCAAGCUCUCCAACAUCGUGGAGAGGUACUCGGCCUUCCCACUGGAUGCCAUCCUCAAUGCGCAGAGGAGCACCUACCCCUGCAAGGACCACGAGAAGGUCAAGCUCUUCUGCCUCACCGAUAAGAAUCUCGUGUGCUUCUUCUGCGAUGAGCCUGCCUUACACGAGCAGCACCAGGUGACCACCAUUGACGAGGCGUACGAGGAGCUACAGAGGGAGAUGAAGGAACAGCUGGCAACGCUGCAGGACAGCGAGAAAGGGCACACGGAGGCGCUGCAGCUGCUGCAGAGACAGCUCACAGAGACCAAGUCGUCGGCGAAGAGCCUGCGGGCGACCAUCGGCGAGGCGUUCGAGCGCCUGCACCGGUUCCUGCGCGAGCGUCAAAAGAGCAUGCUGGAGGAGCUGGAGAUGGACACGGCGCGCACGCUCUGCGACAUCGAGCACAAGAUCCAGCGCUACAGCCAGCAGCUGCGCGACGUCAAGGAGGGCAUCCAGAUCCUGCAGGAGCGCCUUGGCGAGAGCGCCCGCCACGACUUCCUGGAAGGGGUCGCCCACACCUCAGAGAGAAUCAAAGGCAAGAUCCACGAGACCAACCUGAGCUAUGAAGACUUCCCCACAUCCAAAUACAUGGGACCACUGCAGUAUACAAUCUGGAAGUCCUUGUUCCAGGAUAUAUCACCAGUCCCUGCGGCCCUGACCCUUGACCCCAUCACAGCGCACCAGCGCCUCAUCCUGUCGGACGACUGCACCAUCGUGGCGUACGGUAACCUGCACCCACAACCGCUGCAGGACUCCCCGCGGCGCUUCGACGUGGAGGUGUCCGUGCUGGGCUCCGAGGCGUUCGGCGCCGGCCUGCACUACUGGGAGGUGAUGGUGUCGGAGAAGACCCAGUGGAUGAUCGGCGUGGCCAACGAGACGGUCAACCGCAAGGGCAGCAUCCAAAUCCAGCCCAGCCGCGGCUUCUACUGCAUCGUCAUGCACGACGGCAACCAGUACAGCGCCUGCACCGAGCCCUGGACCCGCCUCAACGUCAAGAGCAAGCUGGAGAAGGUGGGCGUCUACCUGGACUACCCCAAGGGCCUGCUGGUCUUCUACAACGCCGACGACAUGUCCUGGCUCUACACCUACCGCGAGAAGUUCCCCGCCAAGCUCUACCCUUACUUCAGUCCUGGCCAGAGCCAUGCCAACGGCAAGAACGUCCAGCCGCUCCGCAUCAACACCGUCCGCCUAUAGACGCAUCGGCACUAUCCGGGGGAGUUGACCGCCUGGGGAAAAGAUUGGGGAAACGAAAAGUUAUGGAAAAAUGUGGCGGAGAACAUGUGGUGAUGUUGGUUCCCCCUUCUGCUGAAGACAAAGAGAUUUAUUGACAAAAAGGAAAAAAAAAACUGAUUAUUUAAACCGUACAGGGUGCAUAAAAGAAAACACAACAAAUGUUCUGUCCUUUAGGUUUGAUGUUUGGCGUGAGGCUUUUGGUUAUGGCACCUGUAUUGGUUUGUCAAAAAUUGUGUGAGUGAUCGUUUGCAAUCUUGCCACAGUCCUUUUCCUUCAAUCUCCCCAACUGCACUGCUCUGACAGUUUCCAGACAGAAACACACACACACACACACACACACACACACUCACACGAUAACCACUCUCCAUAUAAAGGCUGGAAUGCAGAAGACGAUUCCUUUCAUAAGUGGUCGUCUUCAAAAAAACGUGUCGCCUUUUUACUUCUUCUUCGUGCAAUGGGCUUUGGUGUGUUUGUGGAGACUCUCCAGCACCACUAUGCCACCCUCUGUUUUAUGUUAUUCUUUAUUUCAUUUGGCACAGUUAGCAUCCUGUGCCGGUAAAGGCCAACCUGUUUAUAAGUGCUUUUCAUCCCCUCCCCCCUCACCCCCUCCCCUACUCCUCUCCCCACACCAGAUACCCGGCCGCUCCUCCUCCUAACCCACUCCUCCCUGUGAUUGGCUGGAGUGGCGUGUGUGGCUCUUUUGGUUUUUCCCCUCCUCAGGUCAUGCCUUUGUACCAGAAGCAGGUGGGUGUGUUGGCUGCUGAUGCUGCUGCCUUCUACCCAGCAGGACAGACAGACAAGAUGUCUAGCUACAACCGUAAUUGUGAAUGUCAGUGUUGACGUUGGCUUGUGUGUGUGUGUGUGUGUGUGUGUGUGUAGCUUAGGGGCUUCCCAUAAGUGUG